AUGGCUGAAGAUUUAAGUAGUUUUCAAGUUACGUUUAAAGGCAAGACUAUUCAGGUGGAAAACUUAAAGUCGAGUUAUUCGAUUCGAAAUUUAAAAGAAUAUCUUGCAGAGGAGACGAGCAUUCCUGUAGACUUCCAGAAACUGUUUUAUAAAGGUCUGCUGAAUAAUGAUUCUACACUGCUGGAAUGUAAUUUUAAGAAUGGUAUCAAAGUAUUGCUAGUAGGAAGUUCUCAGCAAGAUAUUCAAGCAAUUAAAGAAGCAGAUUCGAAGAUUAUAAACCAGCCGUUAAGGUCAAAAUAUGCAAUUAAUCCAUACAAAAAUGUCAGAGUGGAAAAUUCAUUUGAUAGCAAAUAUACAUUUCAUAAAAUUGAAGUAAUUGAACAUUUUCCUAAUCCCGAUCGGGCCCGUGCUUUACUUGAGAAGUUACGAGAUGAUCGAGGCAUCCGUGGAAUUAUGUCACACUAUAAAUGGAGUGUGGGAAUACUGCAUUAUGUUAAUGAUAAAUCAAAUUAUUGUACAGCUGCCGAAAAAACGAUCUUAGGAUUUAACAAAAAUGGUGGACAAUUAAUUUCUUUAAGAUUGCGUACGGAUGAUAUGCGGGGGUUUAGGCAUUACCCUGAAAUAAGACGUGUCUUGCUACACGAACUCACGCAUAAUGUUUGGAGCGAUCACGAUGAUAAUUUUCAUCGUUUGAACAGGCAAUUAAAUAAAGAUGUUGUUUCAAUGGAUUGGACUGCGUCAAAAUCAUACAAGGUUUCAAGUGCAGAAUUUUAUAAUCCACCAGAGGAAGAAAAAAUUGAUGCACACUCAUGGGAAGGCGGUACAUAUGUACUAGGUGGAAAUUCAACCCGUACUAAUGUUCUGUCAAAGCGGGAACUCUUAGCGGAGGCUGCUUUGAUCCGACUAACAAAAGAGGAAAAGGAAUUAACUGAAGGAUGUGUAACACCUCCGUAA